AUGGCUCAGCAGCUCUCUUCUAUCAAUAUCAGGAGCAGCAAGAAUCGACCAGGAACUUCCACUACCACCAACUUCCAAGAGCAGCAAGCUGUUAGGGUAGCAGUCGACAGGGUUAUCGAUGGUCUCAAGGCGUGGGACAAACAAUACUCAUCCAACAACAUCGUACGCAACCUUCGUCUGGAACUCGCGAUGAACAACGAGCACACCAAGCACACCAUUUUGGCCAUUACGGCCCUCGUUGGCGGUGCUGCGAUUCCCGGCAAGCUUUGGGACUAUGCUGGCGACACCAAGGCCGAGACCAAGAAAUGGGUUACUCUCUUGACGGAACUGCAGGGCUUCCUGAACUGGACGAAGGUCGAACGACUCCGCCCAGCCAGCAUCAAAACCAUCGCACGCAAAUACAUUCCGACCCCCCGCAAGACCACAGCCAAGGUUGCCGCCAAUCCCAAGACCCCCGCUGCGACGCCCGUUGACCCCGAUCACAACAGCAACCCCGACCACGAUGAUAACCCCUUUGAAUUCACGAACCUCGAUGUGGGCGAGUCCGACCAUGAUGAUGACAACGAUUCCUUCGUCUGA